AGAAGAAAAUCGGCAGUGAGCGGGUGUAGUGAAAAAGUGAACAAUUUUAGCAAAAAAUACUUUUAAUUCAAGAAAAUCUGUAAAAACUGCAAAAUUGUACAUUUUUCAUACUAAAUUAUCACUAGAAGCCAAGUUAGACGAUUUAACUUUAAGAAAAAUAAUUUUUUGUGACUUUUUGAUCGACAUUCGUGUGACUAAAAAUUUUUUUAUGUGGAAAAGAAAAUUUUCAUCAUAAGAAACGAAAGAACUUCAAAGUGAAGUGAAAAGGUCAAAGUUUUGAAAAACUUCGUUCGAAAAUCUAUAAAAGGAAGUCAAUAAAGCUACAAAAACUAUGAAAAACAGUUUAUAACAAGCACAACCAAGAAAAGAAACCAUAAGACAAGAAAAAAGAAUCGUGAAGUGAUAUUAAUUACACGAUAAAGUGAGAGAGCCUCAGCAUAGUUCAUAAUACAAAACAGCAUAAAUUAUUAUUAAAGGAUUAAAUUUUUACGUACACGCUUCAUGCCGUCAAAAGUGUUUUAAUGCCAUAUUUAUUUAUUUUUUGAAAUAAUAAAGUAAAGUAAGCAACAAAGGUCUUAUUCUGCACCUGGAAACAUUAUACCGUUCGCAAUAGCUUAAUAGGAUAUACAUUCGCAACAUUAUAUAAGUUCGUUCAAGUGGAUAUUUUUGUAAGGUCCUGGACAGUAUUUUCAGGAGCAUUGCUUGUCAGUCGCGAAAAUAGUUAUUAAAAAUUCAGCAGUUUUACGUUGCUCGCUUUUGGAUAUUCGAUACAUCACAUUCAUGUGCCCCUUAAACUUAUUCAAUCCACAGCGUGGGUGGUUAAUGUCGAACGAAGGGGCACCAUCACGCAUGCAACUGUCGCAACUAUAAUUUUUUAUAUCAAAAGUGCUUUAUCACACAUUCAAAGGCGGUCAUGAGAAAUUUCGAUUUUCAACGGAAUGUUCUGUGCCCCAGCCGUGUAGCUGCGUUUAUUCUCGCUGCGAUCCUGAUUCCUAAUAGUUUGGAAGGACGGUCCACAGCCGUCCCUGUAAGCUCGUGGGGCCCGAGCCGUAGACAAGCCGCACAAAGCAGUAGUGCGGAUCUACUCAGUGGCCCAUUAUUAUUUCAUCAUUGUUAGCAGAAAACGGAAAAAUUAAUCAAGGCCUUAGAAUAACUGAGGCUCUCAUCGCUGGCUGUUAUAGACAAUGUCCGACGACUCCAGUUCGUUACUUGAGGAAGAACGUAGCUUGUUCCGUCCCUUCACCCGCGAAUCACUAUUAGCAAUCGAAGCUCGAAUUGCUGACGAAUUAGAAAAGCAAAAGGAAUUAGAGAAGAGGAAAGCUGAGGGAGAGAUACGAUAUGAUGAUGAAGAUGAAGAUGAAGGCCCUCAACCCGACCCCACACUCGAACAGGGUGUUCCCAUUCCUGUUCGAAUGCAGGGAAAUUUCCCUCCAGAACUGGCCGCCACGCCUCUCGAGGAUAUUGAUUCAUUUUAUGCAAAUCGAAAAACCUUCGUAGUUGUAAGCAAAGGCAAAGAUAUUUUUCGUUUUUCUGCAACAGACGCAUUAUGGCUGCUUGAUCCGUUCAAUCCAAUUCGUCGCGUAGCUAUUUAUAUUCUUGUUCAUCCAUUAUUCUCGUUAUUCAUCAUUACGACUAUCCUCACCAAUUGUAUAUUAAUGAUAAUGCCGUCAUCACCCGUGGUAGAGUCAACAGAGGUGAUAUUCACCGGAAUCUACACAUUUGAAUCAGGUGUUAAAGUCAUGGCAAGAGGUUUCAUUUUACAGCCGUUUACUUAUCUUAGGGAUGCAUGGAAUUGGUUGGACUUCAUAGUUAUAACCUUAGCUUACGUGACUAUGGGUAUCGAUUUGGGAAACUUGGCUGCACUUAGAACCUUCCGAGUGCUUCGUGCUCUCAAAACAGUAGCCAUCGUUCCAGGUUUGAAAACUAUCGUUGGUGCUGUCAUUGAAUCUGUGAAGAAUCUCCGUGAUGUAAUCAUUUUGACAAUGUUCUCACUGUCUGUGUUUGCAUUGAUGGGCUUACAAAUCUACAUGGGUGUGUUAACACAGAAAUGCAUAAGGCGUUGGGAGUUUCGAGGUGAAGAGUGGGGGAACUACACACCUAAAGUGUGGAAUGAUUUCUGCGAAAAUAGAACGAAUUGGUAUUUCGGUGAUGCCGAACCACUAGAUCCACCUCUUUGUGGUAACUCUUCAGGUGCCGGCCAAUGUGAGGAAGAGUAUAUUUGUCUCCAAGGAUUUGGUCCAAAUCCAAAUUACAAUUACACAAGCUUCGAUACAUUCGGUUGGGCUUUCCUCUCAGCUUUUCGAUUGAUGACACAAGAUUAUUGGGAAAACUUAUAUCAAUUGGUGUUACGAUCAGCUGGACCGUGGCACAUGCUCUUCUUCAUUGUGAUUAUCUUCUUGGGUUCGUUUUACCUUGUAAAUUUGAUCUUGGCCAUUGUCGCCAUGUCGUACGACGAACUCCAGAAGAAGGCCGAGGAGGAAGAGGCAGCCGAGGAAGAAGCUCUUAGGGAAGCAGAAGAAGCAGCAGCAAAUCGACAAGCCAAAAUCGAAGCUCAUGCAGCAGCAGCCGCAGCAGCAGCCCAAGCCGCUAAUGAACCCGAUCACAUCGCCAAAAGCCCAUCAGAUUUCUCAUGCCACUCAUACGAACUAUUUGUGGGACAAGAAAAAGGAAAUGAUGACAACAACAAAGAGAAAAUGUCAAUUAGAAGCGAAGGAUUGGAGUCGGUGAGCGAAAUCACAAGAACAACAGCACCAACAGCUCUUGCUUCAGCUAAAGCACGAAAAGUCAGCACGACUUCUUUAUCCUUACCGGGAUCACCAUUCAAUCUUCGUCGAGGAUCCCGAGGCUCUCAUCAAUUUACAAUCCGAAAUGCACGUGGAAGAUUUGUUGGAGUGCCUGGCAAUGACCGGAAACCAUUAGUAUUACAAACAUAUUUAGAUGCACAAGAACAUUUGCCCUAUGCGGAUGAUUCCAAUGCCGUCACUCCAAUGUCAGAGGAGAACGGGGCUAUCAUUGUUCCAGUAUAUUACGCAAAUUUAGGCUCGAGACAUUCGUCUUAUACGUCACAUCAAUCGCGGAUAUCGUACACAUCCCAUGGUGACUUACUAGGCGGAAUGACCAAGGAAAGUCGAUUACGCGGACGGUCACGAAAUAGUCACGCCGUUAUCCAACAACAACCCACAUCAGCUUCUUCUUAUGCAGAUACAAAUCACAAGGGACAUCGAGAAUACUCGUUGCAAGAAAUGUCUCAAGAUUGCACAGAUGAAGCAGGCAAGGUUAAAAGUAGCAAUCCAUUUAUCGAAGAACCUGCCCAAUCGAAUACUUUAGUUGAUAUGAAAGAUGUCAUGGUGUUGAAUGACAUCAUCGAACAAGCUGCCGGACGUCAUAGUCGAACAAGUGAUCACGGAGUGUCCGUCUACUAUUUUCCGACAGAAGAAGAGGAAGAUGACGAAGAUGGCCCAACAUUCAAAGAAAAAAUGCUUGAAGCGUCUCUCAAAGGCAUUGAAAUCUUUUGCGUUUGGGAUUGUUGCUAUUGCUGGUUGAAACUACAAGAGUGGAUUGCAUGGCUUGUGUUUGACCCAUUUGUCGAGCUUUUUAUUACCCUUUGCAUCGUUAUCAACACUCUUUUCAUGGCACUGGAUCAUCACAAUAUGGAUAAAGAUAUCGAGAAAAUCCUAAAGAGUGGAAAUUAUUUUUUCACUGCAACCUUUGGGAUUGAAGCUUCAUUGAAACUUAUUGCAAUGAGUCCAAAAUUUUAUUUUCAAGAAGGCUGGAAUAUUUUUGAUUUCAUUAUUGUAGCAUUGUCGUUAGUUGAAAUUCUCUUAGAUGGCGUGCAAGGUUUAUCUGUGUUACGUUCAUUUAGAUUGCUGCGAGUUUUCAAAUUAGCAAAAUCAUGGCCAACAUUAAAUCUGUUAAUAUCGAUCAUGGGUCGAACGAUGGGUGCAUUAGGUAAUCUGACGUUCGUCUUGUGCAUUAUCAUCUUUAUAUUUGCCGUUAUGGGCAUGCAACUGUUUGGCAAGAAUUAUCACGAUAAUGUUAGUAAAUUUCCGGAUGGGGAUAUGCCUCGCUGGAACUUCACCGACUUCAUGCAUUCGUUCAUGAUCGUAUUUCGAGUCUUAUGCGGAGAAUGGAUAGAGAGUAUGUGGGAUUGUAUGUACGUCGGAGACGUUUCGUGUAUUCCAUUCUUCCUUGCUACGGUAGUGAUAGGCAAUCUAGUCGUUCUUAAUCUCUUCUUAGCCUUGCUUUUGAGUAAUUUUGGUUCGUCGAGCUUAUCAGCACCAACAGCUGAUCAAGAAACGAAUAAAAUAGCCGAAGCCUUUAAUAGAAUAUCACGGUUUAAGAAAUGGGUGAAACAAAGUAUAAUGAAUGGUUUAAGGAAACUUAAAAAUAAAAUUACAAAUCAAAUAUCGGUUCAACCGUCAGCAAUAGCGAAAAGGAUUUGUCCUUGUAUACCUUUAGAGCAUGGCGAUAAUGAGCUUGAAAUCAGUGGUGACGACAUUUUGGUUGAUGGACUUAUAAAGAAAGGAAAAGGAGAAAAUCAGCUUGAAGUCGCUAUUGGCGACGGCAUGGAAUUCACAAUCCACGGUGAUCUUAAGACGAAAGGAAAGAAAAAUAAACUUAUGAAUAACACAAAAAUGAUAGGAAAUUCAAUCACUCAUCAAGAUAAUAGAUUAGAUGAGCUAAAUCAUAGAGGCAUGUCCUUGCAGGAUGAUGACACUGCCAGUAUUAAAUCAUAUGGAAGCCAUAAAAAUCGACCAUUCAAAGAUGAAAGUCAUAAAGGUAGCGCUGAGACUAUGGACGGUGAAGAAAAGCGCGAUGUUAGUAAAGAAGAUUUGGGAAUAGACGAAGAACUUGAUGAUGAAGGUGAAGAAGAAGAGGAAGAAGGUGAACUUGGGCAUCAUGGCAUUAUAAAUGCAGAAGAAGAUGAAGUGAUAGAAGAAACUCCAGCCGACUGCUUCCCAGAACACUUUUAUACACGUUUUCCAUUCUUAGCUGGUGACGAUGAUGCUCCAUUCUGGCAAGGAUGGGUUAAUCUGCGUUUGAAGACAUUCCAACUGAUCGAGAACAAAUAUUUUGAAACCGCUGUCAUUACAAUGAUUUUGCUCAGUAGUUUAGCAUUGGCUUUAGAAGAUGUCCAUCUUAUCAAAAGACCAAUAUUACAAGAUAUAUUGUACUAUAUGGAUCGAAUAUUCACCGUGAUAUUUUUCAUAGAAAUGUUGAUAAAAUGGUUAGCUUUAGGUUUUGCAGUGUAUUUUACAAACGCAUGGUGUUGGCUUGAUUUCGUGAUCGUUAUGCUCUCGCUGAUAAAUUUGGGCGCCAUAAUGGCCGGUGCAGCUGACAUUCCAGCAUUUCGUUCUAUGAGAACAUUAAGAGCGUUGAGACCACUUCGUGCUGUGUCACGCUGGGAAGGCAUGAGAGUAUCCCUCAUCAAUUUCAUCGCUUCACUUUGUGGAGUCGGUGGUAUUCAAGCUUUCAAAACGAUGCGUACACUUAGGGCACUAAGACCUUUACGUGCCAUGUCUCGUAUGCAAGGAAUGAGGGUCGUCGUCAAUGCGUUGGUACAAGCAAUACCGUCCAUCUUCAAUGUGCUUUUAGUUUGUUUAAUAUUUUGGCUUAUAUUUGCCAUUAUGGGCGUACAAUUAUUUGCCGGAAAAUACUACAAGUGCAUGGAUGCAAAUGGAACAACAUUGAGUCAAGAAAUUAUUCCUAAUAGAAGUGUCUGCAUAGCUGAAAACUAUUCGUGGGAAAACUCGCCAAUGAAUUUCGAUCAUGUAGGCAAAGCGUAUUUGUGCCUCUUUCAAGUUGCAACCUUUAAAGGUUGGAUUCAAAUAAUGAAUGACGCAAUUGAUUCCAGAGAUGUCAAUCUUCAACCAAUCCGUGAGACAAACAUCUACAUGUAUCUCUACUUUGUGUUCUUCAUCAUCUUUGGCUCAUUCUUUACACUCAAUCUCUUCAUUGGUGUUAUUAUUGACAACUUUAAUGAACAAAAAAAGAAAGCCGGAGGGUCAUUAGAGAUGUUUAUGACUGAAGAUCAGAAGAAAUACUAUAAUGCCAUGAAGAAGAUGGGUUCGAAAAAGCCAAUGAAAGCCAUUCCUCGACCGAGGUGGCGACCUCAAGCAAUAGUUUUUGAAUUAGUUACCAAUAAGAAAUUCGACAUGAUCAUUAUGUUGUUCAUUGGCCUCAACAUGUUAACAAUGACACUCGAUCACUACAAACAAACUGAUAUCUUCACUCUCAUACUAGAUUAUUUGAACAUGAUAUUCAUCUGUAUAUUUAGUACCGAGUGUUUAAUGAAAAUUUUCGCACUUAGAUAUCACUAUUUCGUUGAACCCUGGAAUUUGUUUGACGUUGUCGUGGUAGUACUUUCCAUAUUAAGUUUGGUUCUGAGUGAUUUGAUUGAGAAGUAUUUCGUAUCGCCAACACUUUUGCGUGUCGUACGUGUUGCAAAAGUUGGUCGUGUGCUUCGUCUUGUAAAAGGAGCAAAAGGAAUUCGUACUCUACUUUUUGCAUUGGCCAUGUCAUUGCCGGCCUUAUUCAAUAUUUGUUUACUGCUAUUUUUGGUAAUGUUUAUCUUUGCCAUAUUCGGUAUGUCAUUCUUCAUGCACGUUAAGAAAAAGAGCGGCAUCGAUGAUGUUUACAAUUUUGAAACCUUCGGGCAGAGUAUGAUUUUACUGUUUCAAAUGUCGACAUCAGCAGGUUGGGAUAGUGUAUUAGACGGCAUUAUAAAUGAAGACGAAUGCGAUCCUCCCAAUCCUGAAAUUGGCUUUCCAGGAAAUUGCGGCAGCGCAAAAGUUGGCAUUACAUUUAUGUUGUCAUAUCUUGUUAUUAGCUUUUUAAUUGUGAUCAACAUGUACAUCGCUGUGAUUUUGGAGAAUUAUUCGCAAGCAACGGAAGACGUGCAAGAAGGUCUCACCGACGACGACUACGAUAUGUAUUAUGAAAUCUGGCAACAAUUCGAUCCAGAUGGCACACAAUAUAUCCGCUAUGAUCAGUUAUCUGAAUUUCUCGAUGUGCUUGAACCGCCAUUACAAAUACAUAAACCGAAUAAAUAUAAAAUUAUAUCAAUGGACAUACCGAUUUGUCGAGGCGAUUUGAUGUUUUGUGUAGAUAUUCUUGACGCACUCACAAAAGACUUCUUUGCACGAAAAGGCAAUCCUAUUGAAGAGACGGGUGACUUUGAAGGCGUCAAUACACGUCCCGAUGAAGUCGGUUAUGAACCUGUCUCAUCGACAUUAUGGCGUCAACGUGAAGAGUAUUGUGCACGACUCAUACAGCACGCUUGGCGCAAACAUAAACAACAUGCUACACAUGAUGGUGACGGACAAGGAACAGGCGAUGAAAAUGAAACCGGAGACGAGCAUGAGGGUGGUGCUGGUGGAGCUGGCUUAGGUAGUUCACAUUCACAUAAUGAGUUGGGGGGUGGGGGUAGUUUAGGUAGUGGUACUCUAUUAAAUAGAAAUAAUUCAAGAAAUGAUAAAACUACUCAUAAUAAUAAAAAUUCAAGUAAUAAUACAAUUAAUGCCAGUGAUGGUAAAAUAACACCGAAAGACGUAGGUAGCAGUGAACAAUUAGGUCGUCAGACAACUGUUGUAGUAGAGAGUGAUGGCUUUGUCACGAAGAACGGACAUCGUGUGGUGAUUCAUUCACGUUCGCCAAGCAUAGCAUCGCGAUCGGCCGAUGUCUGAAUCAUCAGGCCUCGCCCCCCCCUCUCUCUCUCUAUGCAUUAUAUCUCUCUCUCUCUCUCUCCUACUUCUCCCUCUCUCUAAUGAAGUUCUAGAAGAUGAAAAAAAAAUAUUGAAACAUCUCAACAUGAUGAUGAUGAUGAUGAUGAUGAUGAUGAUGAUGAUGGUUUAGAUGAACGGGAGAAAAUAUUUCACCGUCUAAACUUAAUCUUAAAAUAAUAAAUAACAUGAUAAUAUGAAACUUAAUUAUAAAGAAGAAAACUUUAAUAAUUCGCGUAAAUAUUUCUUUCGUUCGACUUUUAAUAUUUGAUUCCUGUUUUAAUUUAACAUUUUUGUUAAAUCAAUCACCGCUAAGUUUAUGGUUUCAAUGUUUAUGCAUUUGAACAUUCGUGUUUAUUUGAUCGUUGUGAUAAAAAAAAUAUUACGAGCUAUAAAGAAACCAGCAGCCACCGUUGCAAGCAUCAAAAGCUUCAGAAGCAUCAAAAGCUCAAGUUUAGUUAAUCAACCAGUUAAUUUUUAGUUGCAUUUUUAUCGUAUGAUUAAGAUUAAUAAAAAAGAACUUUGAUAAAAAGAAAUUAUUCGCUCUCUUAAUUACGGAGGAAAACAAAGUUAAAAAACUAAAAGAAAAAAGUUUUGUCAACCCCAUAAACAGCAAAAACAGAAAGCAAAUCAUUUUCGUUUAAUGAAUGCAGGACUAGAGCUAACCAGACAGGAAGAGAUUUUAACCCUUCAACUUUAUAUAAAUGAUUCACUGUUUUCAAUUUUUACUCCCGAAUUAUUAAUAUCACAAAUUUAAUAUAACAAUUAAAAGAAAAAAGGAAUGCUGACUGCCAUUAAAAUUAAUAAGAUGCGUAGACUACCUGCUACCUUUAAGCAACAAUUAACUACUAAGCAACUAAAAAAAUAUAUUUUGCAACUGCAAAGCGAAUAUGAAAAGAUUUUAAAUCAACGGUGGAGUAAAAACAAGCCAAGUUGAGAGAGAACCACGAACAAAAAAUAAAGGAACAAAACAAAAAGUGACAAAUGAAAAUAAAAAAAUCGAGUGAUUAAGUGAAACAGAGUGUUUAAGAAGACAAAUUAUUAUAAAUAUUAUAUGGAUAAGGAGCAGUGAUUCAAAAGCGACGAGUUCAAGUGAAAUUAUGUUUGACAUUGAUAUAAAACCAAAAAAUAUUGCCAGUAGAAAUGUAUGACAAUGACAAGAAAAAAACUAGUUAAACGAAUUAAUAUGAAAAUACCAAUCAAAGAAAGAACAGACGUGGAAUCUAAUUAAAAUAUUGAGAUUAAUAUGAGGCAAAAAAUGCUAUAAAACAUAAAUGAAAAUGAAAAAAAAAAUAUCACUCACCCACACAAAAAAUACGCAAUAAUUUUUUAUUUGUUUCGCUUUGUUGUUAAGUAAGGAUGAUAUUAAUAAUAACUAAAACAAAAUUUGAAGCAGUUUAAAUUUAUUAAUGAUGCUUUUUUACCGCUUGUCAAAAAAUAAAAAAAGCCCUACUUUAAAUAAUUAAAAAUAAACCAAAACUUAAUAAAAUGAAACAAGAAAUAGAAACCCGCAACGAUGAAGAAGAAAGUUUAAUUAAAGAAAUUGAUGCAAAUGCGUUUGUUGAUGUGAAGUAUGUGGAUGGAUCAUCACACAAUGUCGACGUGCUCAGUCACCAGAGAGAUCAUUGGGAGCAUGAGAUGAACCCAUGAACAAAGAACGAGAUCUGAUCAAAAGCAGAGUUGGAAAGAGUAUCAUUAAUAUAUUUAAAUAAAACUAAGAAGAAAAAUAUCUAUAAAUGUAAAAUGGAUUUCUAAGAGGUAAAAGUUAAAAAAAAACAAAAAUUAAAGCUUUAAAUUUAUUAUAUAUCUAAUGACUAACGAUGGAAGCAGAAAUAGAAAAUUAUUUUUCUUUUCAAAAUCAAUUUUUUCGAAUUCCUUAAAACAUGAGCAAAGAGUGUGAAGCAUUUUUAAGAUGAAAAACUUAAUUAUAAAUAAAAAAUUCUCAAAGUCUUUUUCAUCAUUGGCUUAAAGUAUAUCUUAAGACAGAAAUCCCAUUUAAGUCAACCUGAAGUGAAGGCAAAAUGUAAAUGAAAAAUAAUUAACAAAUUAUGAAGAGAAAAUACGAAAAAAAUCGCUUAGUUAAAAUUAAGGCUUUUUAUAAAUCAAAUAUAAGAAAAUAAUGAAACAGAAAUUAUUAAAAUUUUUAACGAAGAAGAUGAUAAAAAGCAGUUUAAAAGUCGCACAUACACAACUUUUUAAUUCAUAUUAUUUGAUAUUUUUGAUGACGCAAGAAAAGUUAAACUUAAACAUGUAAAAAAACACGAGAAGUGCGGGAAAUCGGUUCAAUUUGUUGAAGGAAAAGAUCUACUUUUUGAUCUCUAUAUCUGCUUGAGACUUAACAGAAACUUAUGUCCAUUUCUGAGAAUGAUAACGACACAUUUAAUGGAAUGAAUCGAGAUAGAUAAAUCGCAAAUUUUAUUAAAAAACAUUUUAUUUUCCUUCACAUGAAAGCAAAACAAAGAAAGUCCACUGAUUGAUAUUUAAUUAAUCUUUAAAUAGGUUUUUUCUUAGGAAAAUAUCCACUGAAGACUUUGUAAUAACAAAACAAAAAAAGAUUCAAUUAAUAAUUUGUAAACGAGUGGAUAAAAUACUCAAACCAGCUCAUUUAAAAGUUUACAAUUUUCACUGUUUCUAUGUCAUUAACAUAACUUUACGGGAUCAUUCGAAAGAAAGACAUGAACGAGAUAAAGGAACAUUGUCAAAUCGAGCUUUUCAAGAAUAUUUUCUAUGGAGAGUUUUAAUAAUUCACGAAUAAUUUAUGUUUCCUUAAUAAUCUAACAAAGUUUUCUAUUUCUAUUGACUUUAUUCCAGAAUGAAUUUUAUUUACUGUUUCCUUGAAAACAUCAAAGUUUAACUAAGUUUUUGCUUCAUAUCCAGAUAUGAGAUAGCCAAUGUGAAUGUAUUUAAAUAGAAAGAAUAGUUCUUUAUAUUAGAGAGAAAAGAAAGGAUAUGAGCGAUAAGAAAUUAUUUAGUCUGUAGCUAGAGAAAUGAAGCUAAAUGUGAUUUUAUUUGCAAAGAACGAUCGUCGAAAAAUAUUUUGUUGUUGUGAGUUAGGAUUGAGAAAACAAAAAUGAAUUUUUCUAUUUGUGAAAGAAGUUCGAUUUAUUGUGAACAUCUUUAAAUUGAUCAGAGUAUUUAAACUUCGACAGCGACAGAAUGAAUCUCUAGGAGUAAAUAUGCAUGAAAUAGUUCUUCAACCUCCCACAAAAAAAAAUUGAAAAUAAAGACCAAAAACGAUGAAAAAUAAUGGAAAAACUUAAGAAAAAAGAAAGUUCAUGUGAAACAACGAACUAAUUUUUAUUACAAUGCGAAAUAAUUUUCACAACGUAUUUAUCUUUGAAUUUUCAUCCACGCGUUCAGAACUUUUUCCUCCUUGCCAUUUUCUUUCGCGAUUGGAUUUUUGCUUAUUUACAAGAAGAAAAUUUAACUUAUCUCAUGAAAGAAAAUGUAAAAGAAAAACCAAAAAAAAAGUUAUUUUCAAUGCGAAUUACUAACAUAAAUAGAAGAAAAGAAAUGAAAAACUAAACAAUUAGAAAAGUUUUUGAUUUUCUUCUCAAUUAAGAAUUUUCCACGAUAUAUUACAUUUUUAGCAUAAUUAAAAGUCGCUGAAAGUCUAAGAGCAAAACUAAGAAUAAUAAAUAAAAAAAAUAUGCACAACAUAAUAAAACGAAGAAGAAUAUUAUAAAUAAGAAAAAGAAAAAGAUUUCAUUUUUUAAACUCCCCGAAAACGACAAAAAAUAAUCAAAUGAAGAUAUGCAAGUAAAUUUUCCUUAAAUGACGUAAGCAACAAAACAUUCAUUGAUUUUUGUAAUCUCAGCAGAAACUGACCGGUCUCAAGGAAUUUCUGCUUCCCACUUUCACAUAAAUCCCUUGAGAUCUUGUCUGAAUGUUGAUCAAUGCUUUGCUCAUUAAUUUCAUGAUUUAUUAAUUUAAAUUUUUGAUUUUUAUGUGAAAUGAAAACAUAUCAAUUUUGUAUGUAUGAAUUUUAGUUGAUUUCAGAGCUUGUUUUCAUGAAAUGUUCACUCCUUCAGAAUAUUUAAUUUCAAUUUAGUAAUAAAACAGAACAAUUAAGAAACAUUUUAUUACUUUUGUAUUAUUUUUUUAAGGAAAAAAUGUUCAUUUAAUGACAGGUAGUUGCACUCUUCAUCCUUUUUCUUUAUUAUUUUUUAAUAUCUAUAAUAAAACUCCAGCAAAGCAAACGCCGAAACUUUACUUGUAUAUUCAUCUACGAUUCUCAAAUAUUCCACAUAAAUAUCUCUUUUUUGAAUUUCGUAUUUUCAUUUUAUGUCCUCAAACAGAAAUUAUGAAGAAAACAAAAGAAAAAACCAACAAGAGAUGGAAAACUUUAUUAUUACAUGAAUGAAAUAUUUAAGAUCAAAGAAAUUAAAACAUGAGAUAAAAAAACUAAAAAAUUGUUGAAGUUUGUUUGUACAAAAAUGAGAUAUAAAAUUUGAAAAAUAAUUAUAAAUAAA